AGUGAGGGCCCGCCUGCGAAGCACGGGAUUGGGGGUGUUAGCAGCAGAGACAAGGGAAGACUCGGAGACUGAGGCUUGGGGGCCGGGGGUGGGCAUCAGAGCUUCCUGCCCCGGUCCUCCACCCUAUGAAGUGUGUGGCUGGCACCGGGAGAUUGGUCUCUGCGCCCUCGGGGGCUGUUGUUGAGAAGUAGAAAAAGAGAAGUGAAUAACUCGUAGCUCCGGGCGCGGGCUCUAGAGUUCCUACACGGCUGCUGCGCUGCGCCCAGAGCCACCGAACGCCCUCUCUCCCCUUGCUUGGUUGCGCUCUCUGACCUCAGUGUGUGUCUCGGCCCCGCAGGCACAGCAACUGCGCAAUAACGCGGGGAGGCGGGGGUGGAUACCGCACUUGGUUGGAGGGAGCCAGGGCCAGGACGGCCGUCGGGUCCUGGCCGAGAGUUUGCGGCGGGAGGUUGCUCCUUCCCUUACAGGCAUCAGGGCGCUGUCCCGUUGACUACCGCGGCCCACCGGGAGUGAGACUCCCCGAAUGCUUGACUUCACAUAGAGGAAAUCCUCAAUAACGCUCCCCUUUUUGGGCUGGACACCUCAAGCCCCACACUCUACCCUCGUCCCUGUCAUUCCUCAAAAUCCUGAAGAGGUGGCGACCUGCUGCUGGAGGGAGACUGGGCCGAUUCUCCCUGCUGGGGAUGAGGAUCCCACUCAGGCGUUACAGCUACACUCUGGAGACAGCAAAGACGAGUCAGGACGAAUCAUCGGGCAAGGUGGUGGCUGAGCCGGUGGAGGAGUCGGGAGCCCAUUGUCCCGAGGGCUUGUGGCCUCUGCCCCCACAGGUGUUACCAAGAGUGACCUACACACAGGUGAGACCAGGACAGACUGAGGAUGUCACCUUUCUCUACCACCCCUGUGCCCACCCCUGGCUGAAGCUCCAGCUUGUCCUUCUUGCCCACGUUUGUGUGGCUAAGCCCUCACUUGCUCCUGACUCCAACCUUACUCGGGAUAGGCCCCUGGUGCUGACAGUAUGGGGGAUGGCACUGGAAAUGGCAUGGGUAGAGCCAGCUUGGGUUGCCCACUGGCUAAAGAGGCGACGACGGAGGAAGCAGAGGAAGAACGUAUGGUUCCACUCUGACAACCUUUCUGGGCCUUCUCCAUUGGUGCCAGUCUCCAGCACAGCAAGGCUAUGUGGAAGAGAGUGUGUGCAGGCUCCAGCUUUGGCCUUUGCCCUGCGGAGCUGGCGACCUCCUGGUGCAGAGGUGACAACUAGAGGGCUAAGACAGACCUCUCUGAGUAAUGCCAAGAGAAGGGGGAUGCGCGCUGUCCCUGGUCUUCAGCCCACUCCUUCUGGCCUGAGGAUUCCUUUUGCUUCUACAUGGAGCUUACAGGCCCAGCAGCCCCUUUUAGGAACCCCAGGUGAGGGGAGUAAUGCCCUUUCUGUGCCCUCGGUCUCCUUGCUACCUGGGCAAUCUGGAAGCAAUGCCAGCUCCAGGACAGAGGCUCCGAUACCUAAUGGGCAAGGCAAUUCAGGAGGCUGUGCUUGCCCGAAUCAGGCUUCCCCUGCCCCUCGGGCAGCAGGACCUCCUCGGGUAGCCCGGGGCCCUACCCCGCGCACGGAGGAGGCUGCCUGGGCUGCCAUGGCCCUGACCUUCCUGCUAGUGCUGCUCACCCUAGCCACGCUCUGCACGCGGCUGCACCGAAACUUCCGCCGGGGCGAGAGCAUCUACUGGGGGCCCACAGCAGACAGCCAGGACACGGUGGCAGCUGUGCUGAAGCGGAGGCUGCUGAUACCCCCGCGUCGAGUCAAGCGCUCCCGCCGGAGACCCCUGCUCCCGCCCACGCCGGACAGCGGCCCAGAUGGGGACAGCUCUGACUGACAGGUCCCACUGCUGCUGCUAUGGCCUGUGGGCUCCUCCUCCCGCUGGGCGGUUCCCAUCUCUGCCACGUGGGCCGCGUGCAGGGCCGCCCCCUGGCGUCAGACAGAGCGACCCUGCCUAUGCCUUGCAGAGACUUCGUUUCCUUGAGGUGUUGUUUGUGGGGAGCGGGGUGGCCGUGCGAAGAGCCGUUUCUACCCGUUGCCUAAAUUCCGUUUCUAAUUAAAUUAUUUUAGUAGAAUCCGGAGUUGGGCCUGUGCAUCCGCCACAGACACAGCUACCCCUAGGACACUGGCCCAUCUCAGCAGGGUUUGAGAAGGGGGUUUAUUAAAAUCGGGUUGGGCUCUACACAGGGGGCACAUUUGUAAAUCCCUGGGACUUCUAGAGGCUGAGGUGGGAGGAUCACAAGUUGCAGAGGGUCUUAGUAAGGCCCUCUGCAACUUAGCAAGACUGUCUCAAAAUAUAAAAAAGCUUGGGGAUAUGGCUCAGUGGCAAAGUGUCCCUGGGUUUAGUCCCCAAAGAUUGGGCCCCAAGUAGCUGGCUCCUUCUGGCCACCUGGUCUUAGGCAUGGGCUUUUAAGGGUUUAGUGGGAU